AUGGAAAGGGAAGGAGCGCAAAGGGAGGAAGCCAGACAUAGGGGGGAGAAACCGAAACAGAUCGAGCAUCUCGGGGACUACCCCUAUGGCCUACACUCCGAGGAAGACUCUGAUCCAAAGGAUUUUAGGCAAAUCAGCUGGAUAUACAAAGAUAUAGAUAACAUGCUGAAGGAGGUAAAUGAAAAAUGUAGCAAUUUAAACGAGAGAGGGGCGUCAGGCGUCGGUAUGAAAUUGGAGGCUCUUCCUGGGGAGAGUUACAAUUGGGUGAAAUUAUCCAGCCAAGUCAAUUCAAGCGGAUCAGCCAAACUGUCCAAUUCGAAAUCAUCAAAGCAUGUAACAUCAAGUUAUUCCUCUGGAGGAACAGUCUCCCAAAAUAGCAGCUAUACGUCAGAUGAAAUGGAUAACUUGUCUCUUAGCGAUGAAUUGUCUGUUGAGGAAGAUUCUAUGGGGGAGGAUGGAAAUGGAAGUAGCUCUGUUGUUACCUUGAGCGGGGAUGGAAAUGGAAGUAGCUCUGUUGUUACCUUGAGCGAGGAUGGAAUAGAAAAGAGUGAUAGAACCACCCCCAACAGUAGCAACAGUCCAGAUUCUAGUAACGAUGAGGGAGCUAAUCGAAAGAGUGGCACUGAAGGUAUAUCCAGCAGUACCCGUGAGGAAGACAAUCAUCCAAAUGUAUACUACAAUUGCAUAACCAUAUUUUCACUAAACAGCUAUCUGUACAAUGACAUGUAUAGAUAUAACCCCCACCUGUAUGGCAUUUACGAGACCUGCAGAAAUAACGAAAAGAGGUGUAAAAAAAUUGGGCUACUUUGCUCUCAAUACGACUUAAUAUUUCUCAGAUCUGUCUUUGGGAAAUAUCAAAAAAAUUUAUAUGAUGUGUUGAAAUAUACUCAUAGUGUUUUGCUGGACAAUGUUCCAUCAUCAUAUACCAUUUUAAAUGAAAUUUUAUAUACCCUCCAAAAUUAUGUAAACGGAAAUGGGGGGCUAUUCAUUUGUUGGAGGAAAAAGGUUUUCCACUUGUCCUACUAUGAUUACAUGUUUUUAUCAUCCGAUAUUUUAUUUAAAAGGAAAGUUAUAAAAAUUGUGAAAUUAAUUUUUAAAGGAAAAUACAGUUUGUAUAUUUUACACUGCGAAUUUGAUUUAUACAGUGUUCAGAAUAAGUUGAGCAAUUUAGACGAUCUAGUUGUACUCAUGAAGAAAACGUUAUGGAAAAUUUAUCUCUUCCAGAUAUUUUACAUAAAUAGAAAACUAUUCAAAAAGAGGGAAGGAUCUGCGCAUAACAUGGAGAAAUUGUCUACACAUGAGUAUGUUGACAAAAUGGAGGCAAUAGCAAAAAUGAGCAAAGCGGAGAAGGAACUACACACGAAGGAUGAAGUAGUAGGUUCCUUUUCCAACCUCCCGGAUGACGAAAAAGGAGAUAGUACCCACACUCACAAUGGAAACACAUCGAAUAUGUUGAAGGAAGAUCAAACGGAUAAAUCCAUAACAACCAUGACAUUCAGAAACAGCUCCAUGCUAGUUAUCGGAAGCUUCAACAUAGACGUUAACGAAGACAGGACACUAUAUGACAAGCUUGUAAAUCUAAACGGUCAAGGGAAAAUGAAAGAUUUAUUUUUUCACAAAAAUAUUAAUUAUAAAUUACAGAAAACGUACGAUAUUGUUGAUCGGAAAAACACACUGGUUAGUGGAUUGAAUUACUCAUUUGGAUUGACGGAUAAUAUUUUCCUCGUAGAAUCCUUUUUCAUCAAUUCUAAAGACAUCACAGAACUCGCGUAUUUAUUUAGCCCCUCAGAUGUCAUCUCCGAAAAAAUGAGCAAGUUAAAUAAAUCUCUAAGUAGGUAUAAUUUGGAAGGCUUUUCCCAACUGAUUAACAAAAAUGGAGUGUUCAUAAAAUUUCAAGACCUCUUUAACUACGGAGUUGAUAUAUUGACGCAGAAGAAGGGAAAUGAAUUUAGUGACCACUGGGCUUUAUCUGCACGCAUCCAUUUAAAAAAUCCCACUAAAAGUGUCAACCUCCAUAUAGAAAAACAGCUCCGUAACUUCUUGAUCAACGUUGACAAGUAUUUCGUUUUGGGAAAAAGGUCUUACCACGAACUGUGCGCUGUGGUAACCUCUGCCUUCUCAGGGAAGCAGGACCCCAGUAGGGGCGGUAAAGGUGCAGAGGAUAAAUUUAAAAAAAAGAACCACAAGGAAGAAGCCCAAAUGGACAAGUAUAACUAUACACAACGGUGCAUAAUAUCAAGUGCAAAUAUUAAUUGCAUUCACAAAGUGGAAAAACGACUGUACAACACCCUGUCCAGGUGUUUUGAAUCUGAUUGA